GUGUUGAUGGGACAUUCUUCGCAAAUAUAUCUCUCCACACUCUCCUCUGAGAAACACUCCUCUGGCUUGUAUUUCAGCACCAUGGUCAGCGUCCGGACCCUCCUCUUCCUCCUCAUGGCCACCUGCUGCACCUACCUGCGGACGUCCCGAGCCGAGGAGUCCUUGCUGGAGACACGCUCCGUCGACUUCACCCUGAAAACCCAGCAGGAGAAAGACCUGAUUGAUGCUUUGCAAGAAGUUCUAGAAAAGCUGAGAAACAAAGAAAUGCCCCUGGAGAAGAAGCUUGGCUGGUUACCCUCGUGUGAUGCAGGGGAGCCGUGCGCUGUGCGUAAAGGCGCACGCAUCGGCACCCUGUGCAGCUGUCCACGGGGGACUGCCUGUAACUUCUACGUCCUCAAAUGCUUGUAAAGGAGAGACAGGAACGCACAGGCGACUGAUGACUUCGGGUCAAUUUUCCCUUUUGCUAUUUUGUUUUUCAUACGUAGUCAUUUUUGUUCCUUCCACCUUCUCUUUCAGCCGUGUUGUACCGAUGUACUGCGACUAUUACUCAAAUGUUUGCUUUUCUUUGUAGCUUUCAGCGCAUUGUGAAAAUGUCUACGGCAGUCACAAAUUGUUAAAAAUAUACAGAUAAUUCAUAUCUUUAACUUUUAUCCUCUUUCCUUUUAUUUUAAGCCAGAAGACUUUACUGGAAUUUGAACAGCAGAGAAUAAAUUGUCUGGGUCUCCAAUAACUCUUAUGGUUUAAUACCAAUUCACCAAAUAAUGUUUAAUGCACUAUUAAACAAAUGUGACAUUUUGAUAUCUAUGUUAUUUUUAAAUGGCAAAGUGCUCUUUGGGGCCCCUCUGAAGGCCUAAUCCGUUAAGUCCACUUAUUCCUUGGGCUGAUUCUGGAGAUUAUGACCCUUGAUCACACCAGUUGGUGCGUAUAUUCACUAUAAUUAAAAUUAAGUGUUCACAUAAAUAGACUAUGAGUAAAUUAGGACAAAUUGUGCAGAAACAGUAAAUCUGUAAAGUUAGGGUAUGAAAGGGCCACAAUUGUGACGUGUACUGGUGAAGUGAUGAAUGCAAGUUACGAUAGCGCUGUUUCUUUUCAUAUGCCCAUUUUGAUUUUCAUGUAGAAAAAGUUAUAUAUGUUUGAAUGUGUGAAAAAA